UUUAUUUCUGUGAACCCUUCAAAACUAUGGAUUAGCCUAAAUUUCUUCCCACCAUGCUAAUUUUCCAACAUGGCGGAAGACGACGUCGGAUUUCGCAUCAACAAAGAUUUCGCCAAGAAAUAUGACGAAUACAGGAGGAAAGAGGAACUCCAGAAACUGAAAGACCGGUAUGGAGAUGUGGAUGUGGACGCCAGUUCCAGCUCAUCAUCAGAAACAGAAGACGAGGAUGCUGUGGAAUUGACCCCAGCCAUUGAAAAGGGUUUCCUGAAAACCCUGGCAGCUUUGAAGAGUAAAGACCCACGGAUUUACCAACAGGAUGUCAGCUUCUAUGAAGAUAAGAAAGCAGAGUCUGACAAGGCUGAGGGGAAGGGCAAAAAGCCCAGGGAAAAGCCGAUGUUCCUUAAAGAUUAUGAACGGAAGGUUCUGCUAGAAAAAGGAGGGUUGUUUGCUGUUUAUUGUAGGGGUCCAAGUGAUGAAGAGAGCUCAGAUGAUGAGUCUGCUAUGAAGAAACCAGUCAGUCCCAGCUACUAUGAGGAACAGGAACAGAUCAAACAGAGUUUUAAGCAGGCCCUAUCUGCUGGAGAUGAUGAUGAUGAAUAUGGCAGCCUCCUUGUUGAGAGACAGAGGACCCAGGAAGAGUUAGAUGAGGAUGAGAGAGACUACAAGGCCUGGCUGACUGGACAGAAGGAGGAACUGGCCAACAAGUACAAAGAUAUGGGCCCACUGAAACAGUACUGGACUAACCCUGAACUGGACAAGGGUGAGGCUUUUCUCCGAGACUACAUACUGAACCAGGAGUACAGGGACCCGGAUAGGGAUAGAAUCCCUACCUAUGAUGAGAUAGUGGAUGAAGAGGAUGAUAUUGACUACUCUGAGGAUGAGGAGUAUCUAGAGAAGGCUGAAAACUUUGAGAGAAAGUUCAACUUCAGAUAUGAAGAACCGGAUGCAGAAUUCAUUAAGAGCUUCCCACGCACGAUUGCCAGUUCAGUGCGGAGAAAAGACGAGCGCAGAAAGAAGAAAAGAGAAGAGACCAGGGAGAGAAAGAAACAGGAGAAACAUAAGAAGAAAGAUGAGCUGAAGCAGCUGAAGAACCUUAAAAAGAAGGAGAUCCUCGACAAACUGGACCAUCUUAAGGAGAUCACGGGGAAUAAAGACAUCGGCUUCAACCAGGCGGAUCUUGAAGGGGACUUUGACCCCAAGAAAUAUGACGAAAUGAUGAAGAAUGUCUUUAAUGAGGACUACUAUGGAGAAGGGGAGGGGGAGAAACCAGAGUUUCCUGAGGAGGAAGACUUGGAGGAUGAUGUUGAUUGGGACAAUUGGCAUGGCCCUUAUGAGGAGGGAGGAGGAGGGGGUGAGUAUGACUGGGAGAACAGCCAGGAGGGGGCAGAGCCACACUGUGAAGAUCCAGACUUCAAUAUGGAUGCAGACUAUGACCCUGAUGCGCCCCAGUCCACCUCCCAGGAGAUCUUGGCGAUGUCUAAGAAGAAGAAACGCAGAAGGAAGUUAGGAACGUACUUUGCAACAGCCGUCAACAAGAAGAAGCCAGUCUUUGAUCCAAAUGACAAGACAUUUGAGGAAUAUCUGAGUGAUUACUACAAACUGGACUAUGAGGAUGUCAUUGGGGACAUGCCGUGUCGCUUCAAGUAUCGCAACGUAAUGGCAAACAACUUCGGGCUGUCUACAGAAGAGGUGCUGAGAGCUGAAGAUCGUGAGCUGAAUACCUGGUGUUCGGUGAAGGCCAUGUCCAAGUAUCGCUCAGAAGAAGAAGAACACAGAGAGCUGAAGAGAUACAGGAAGAAGGGCAGAGAUACCAGGAAGAAACUCAGGAUCCUGGCAAGUCUAUCAAAGGAAAUUAAUGAUGCUACACCACCAGAAGACCCAACUGAGAAGAGCGAUAGGGAAGAAACGACAAAACAGAGUUCUGAUGUCUCAAACCCAAGAAACACUAUCGAAAUUGUCAACAAAAAGGACAAGACGAAGAAAAAGAAACAGAAGAUUGAAGCCAGGGUGCAAGGAAAGGCAAAACAGCCACCUAAGAUGUCAGCAGAGAGAAUCAAAGCAUAUGGUUUUAAUCCUAAGAAGUUUAAGUACAUUCUUCAGAACCAGAAGAAGAAACAGAAGAAAGACUUGAAUACAUAAGCACAGAGUGGAAAAAAGCGAAAUAUGUCUGUCUAAUUUUUUGUGUACUGUUUUUGUUGACUUUAUUCAUGGUUGCUAUUUUACAAGAAAACUGCUAAUGUACAAUUAUUGAAAAUAUGGCAUACGAUUGUUGAGGUUGAAAGUAAUCAAGCCUACUGAAUGGACUUGUGCUAAGAUAUGCAGGAAAAUCAGGCAAAACCUACUGAUUGGUCACCAGCUUCAAUGUGCCAAAGACAGGAGCCAAUCAGUGGGUUAGGCUAGAUUGGGCUUGAAUAUUCAGCUACUAUGUGUCUAAAUAAAGAAGACUAUCAGUCCUCAUAAUAGGUAUACAAUUGUUUGGGGCUGACUGAAGCAUAUACAUGUAGUUACAUUUGUCAGACUUUAUGAUACAAUUUUAUCCUUUUAGAAUCAUGUUCAAUUUUUUGUGCCAACAUUUAUACCUUAUUAUAUAAGAAAUGAAAACUGCACUACAUGUAUUUACAAUUAACAGUUUUUUGACUAGCAGAAUUUAUGCAGUACCAAAUCCAGUUGAAAGUACAUUGCUCUUUGAAGUUUGUAAACUUAAGAUAUACAUAAUUUCUUCUUUGAAGUUUGUUAAUAUGUAAUUAUUUAAUACUUAUAAUUGAAUGUGGCUUUGCUGAGAGUGUCCCUUCAAUUUUUAUGUUGAAAUCAUGUUAAUUCACAAAUGUCAUUUUCUUGUGUUUUCUCUGCUUUGUGCUUAUUGCAGUGUCUCUAAACAUAAGGCCUAUAGUAGGAGUCGGUUGUUUAGUCAAUUUGACAAUAAACAUAGAUUCGAAAUAUU